UGGUCAAGUUGGUGCGCACUGUUCCAGAAAGCGAUGGACCAUGCCAGAGCGGCAAUCUCUAACUUGUUUGGUGGCGAGCCGAUGUUGUACACGCGCUUCAGCAUUGCCCGGCAAACGGAUGGAGACAACAGCCAUGUGGAGAUGAAGCUGUCUACUGAUGAUGAGGAAGGAGGGGAAAUUGGGAGACCGGAGCACCUGCACGCCAGCAUGCCUCCUCCACAGAGGAGCGGCAAGAACCUCUGCUUCCUAAUCAUCGCAGCUCUCCUCCUCCUUUUGAUUGGGUUUCUGAUUGGCUACUUGAGUUAUCGUGGACGAAUGCAGAAGGCUAGCAGGUGUCUGGAUGGAAGUGGCAAGUGUGAGAUGACUCCUACCACAUCUUAUUUAGCUGAUGAUGAUGAAAUUGAGGAAGAAGAGGUUCCUGGACCACCUGUCUUCUACUGGCCUCGGCUCAGAGACCUGUUGUCAAAUAAGCUGUCAGCCAGCCAUCUUGAGGACAGCUUGAGGCAAAGAGCAAAUCAGUACUCUUUCGAAGCUGGCCAGAGUGGAGAUGAGAGCACUGCCGGCUACAUUCAUGACCAGUUCACCAGCUUCCUCUUGGAUGAAGUGUGGAACGAUGAGCACUACAUUAAGCUGCAGGUCAAAGGCAGCAGCAACAACAAAGUGUCUAUUCUGGAAGAUGGUAAAGAAGAGAUACUGGAGAGUCCCGAUGCAUAUGUGGCAUACAGCCAGAGUGGCUCAGUUGCUGGCAAACCAGUCUACGUGAACUAUGGACUGAAAGCUGAUUUUCAGAAGAUACAGAAGCUGGAUGUUUCACUGAAUGGAACUAUAAUCAUCUUCAGAGCUGGAAAAAUAACCCUUGCUGAGAAGGUUGCAAAUGCCAAGGAGGUAGGAGCAGUCGGUGCCCUGAUGUACCUGGACCCCUCCGAUUACAAGGACACAGAUGCGCUUGUCCCCUUUGGACAUGCCCACCUUGGAACUGGAGACCCUUUCACCCCAGGCUUCCCUUCUUUCAACCACACCCAGUUCCCACCAGUGGAAUCUUCUGGACUACCUCGCAUUGCUGUUCAGACUAUCUCUAGCCAAGCAGUAACCAAGCUGUUCCGCAAAAUGGAUGGAGAGCAAUGCCUUCCAGAGUGGAAAGGUGGGGUCAUAGGAUGUAAGGUGAUGCUGAGCAGCACGAGCAAGAUGACAGUGAAACUGAGCGUGAACAACGUUAUGGUGGACAGGAAGAUUCUGAACAUCUUUGGUGCUAUCAAGGGGUUUGAAGAACCAGAUCGGUAUGUUGUGAUCGGAGCCCAGAGAGACUCCUGGGGCCCAGGAGCAGCCAAGGCUGGCGUUGGAACUGCCAUGUUGUUGGAACUUGCCCGUGUGAUCUCGGACAUAGUGAAAUAUGGUAAAUAUCAACCAAGGCGCAGCAUCAUCUUCGCUAGCUGGAGUGCGGGAGAGUAUGGAGCUGUGGGUGCUACUGAAUGGCUGGAGGGGUACUCUGCCACACUGCAUGCCAAAGCCUUCACUUACAUUAACUUGGAUGCUGCAGUCCUAGGCUUCAACCACAUGAAGAUUUCUGCUAGCCCAUUGCUGUACACGUUGCUGGAGAAAGCUAUCAAGGGGGUGAAGGACCCAACAAAGGAUUCAAGAAGCCUGUAUGACAGAGUUGGCGCUGACUGGGUAAAAACAGUUGUUCCCCUUGGUCUGGAUAAUGCAGCGUUCCCUUUCCUGGCCUACGCGGGAAUCCCAGUGGUUUCCUUUGGUUUCUGCAACAAAGAUGAGGAAUAUCCCUUCUUGGGCACUACUCAGGACACUGUGGAGAACCUGAAGAGGAAUGACAAGUUGUAUGCUCUUAUGCGUGCUGCUGCAGAAGUUGCUGGACAAAUAGCUCUCAGGCUGACCCAUGAUCAUGAGCUCUUCCUGGACUUUGAGAGAUACGAUGAAGAAUUGCUAGCGUUCCAGGAGAAGUUUUUGCCCUACGAUCAGGAUGUGAGGGCGCUGGGGCUGACCUUGAAAUGGCUGUUUUUUGCCCGUGGUGACUUCCAGAGAGCUACAGAUGCACUGAGAAGAGACAUCACAAACAGUGACAGGGAAAACAAGAUUGUCCGCAGAGCCCUGAAUGACAGGAUCAUGAAGGUGGAGUAUGACUUCCUCUCCCCCUACCUCUCGCCAAAAGCUGUUCCCUUUCGCCACAUCUUCUUUGGCAAAGGCUCCCACACCCUGCAGAGUCUGCUGGAGAACCUGCAGCUGCUGACAACCAGCAGGGACAGCGUGGAUGUGAACAUGCUGAAAGAGCAGCUGGCCCUAGCGACCUGGACCAUUAAAGGGGCUGCCAAUGCCUUAGUGGGUGAUAUCUGGGAUACAGACAACGAAUUCUAGACACAGCAAGCGCCUGGUUAAGGUACAGGAUUAGGGAAACCCACUCCCUAACAUGGCAUUAUUUUUCUGUAGAUUUUCUGGCAACAAAUUUUUUUUGACCAAAGUUGAGCAUAAAAUUUAAAUCUCACCUUGACAAAUUCACAGGAGGCAGUUUUAAAGCAGGUACUAAGGUUACCAUGAAAUCUCCUCUGACCAGGCUCCCAUGUGACUACAGUCCAAACUGGUCAUGUACAGCUGCUUGUGGGGCUUGUUCUCCAGUGUACUUGAGAACUAACAGCUCAGGUGACUCCUGAACUGGUACCUUGAGUGGGGAGGUACCUCAUCUAUUUAGGGUUUUAAUUGUUGGCCCCCUAAACCUAGUGACAAAAUAGGGAAUGGAUUCCUCUUAAUGCUCGUAAUGAGGAUCCCUUCUCUGGCAGGGAGCUGCAGAGACCAACCUGUAGCUCAAAAGUAAAACAACAUAGUAGUAGCCCGCAAGUGCUGGAUUAUCAGCAAGUUCUGAAGUGCCUGGCCUGCCUUACUCAACAGCAGGGUCCCAAUGAUGUCUUGGAGGCUUGCCUCUGCUGAGGCAGGUCUUAAUAUGCAGGGAAAUGACCCAAAGAUUAUCUAAUACCCCCUUUAUAUCCUUAGCUGGCACCUCAGCGAGUCCUGCGGCAUUGAGAAAUGGCUCUAGACUGGCACUUCAGACCUUGCUGCUCUGGGGCCUUUUGUGAAAUCGAGUCUCUUGCUGGCCAAACCCUGUUUGACUGAUGCCAUUUUGCAGGAUGGCUCUAGUUUGGCACUGAGAUAUUUAUUUGUUUAUUUAUUUAUCAGUGACAGCGUUCACUAUAAAUGGUGUGUUUUUUUAUAGAAGAUAAUUAUCGGAAGCAGUGCCUUCCAUAAUUAUGACAGUUAUACUGUCGUUUUUGAAUAAAGCAGCAUCUGCUAUUACAAUCAAACAUGAUACUGGAACUUUGCAUUUAAAAUAAUCUAAACAGGCCCCUCCAAAAAAAGUUUUUGAAAACUAGCAAUUAAGCUUUCUGUGGCAAAAACACCCCUCUGGAAGAAACUUGAAGGCGUAAACCUGGUAGCAAGUCUCUGGGUUGCGCUCCAAAAUGAUCCCUGAAAUGCUGAAAACCUGGGUGGAAACUCAAAUAGUAGAAAUUUGGCUUCCCUGUGGUGCCCCUCUGUGGGCUUCAGGCUCCCUCUUCGCCCCUCUUCUGGAUGCCGUGUGCUCGCGUGGGGAGCACGGCUUCCUUCCUGGCCCCGGCCCGGCGGAGGGGCUCACGGUGUAGCCCUAGCUCCACCCGCGGCAACACACUGACUUCCUGUACCUCCGAUUAGGCAUUGGCCCGAUAUUUAUUUUUUUUUUUUUUUUUAAAUGGCAGCUUCCUGCAAACUUCCAGUACCUUAUGUAUCAUGAAACCUAACUGACAUUAUCGGGGGCAGUGUCUUCCAUAAUGUGUAAAGAACAAGGUAGUUUUUGCCUACCACAGUGUUAUAUCGGAGGCAGUGACCUCCAUAUGUUGCACUAUGGGUGUACGUAAUUAUCGGGGACAGUGUUUCCCAUAAUUGUUCUAUACUUAUCAUGCAAUGUCAUCUGCGAAGCUUGAUGGUUAGUAUCUAACAUGGAUCAAUUUCCUGCAGUCCUAUUUUUUCACUCUCCUGUGGUGAUGCAGAUACAAACUUCGGUCUGUUAUGUACUUCCCUAGACUCUACCUUCUCCGUAGGCUGAACUGUUUCAAAUAGCUGUGCUGUCUUGAAGUGGCUUCCUGCCUCCAGUCACAGGACUGGCGCUUGAAUGUGUAGCGGAAGCUAGGCUAGUUAGACUGUGUGCUCUGUGAUUUAGUAAACUUCCUUCAAACCAGUUACAAAGACUUGGGGAAUUAAAGGUGAAUGUAGGGCUUGGGGCUGACUGCUGUCUGGAGGGCUCUGGUCACUGCUCUAGAUGGGUGCGCGUACUAGUUAAGAGGCUGGCCUGCUGUGGCACUGGGGUGAUGCUGGUGUGCGUGCGUGGGAAGCUGCUAGCUCCCCAGGUCUCACUGGAAACCCCAGUCUUGCCUCCUGGGUGUUGUGUGGAGGCGGGGAAAUCAGUGGCACCUUUCUCGUGGUGCCCCUCUGCUCCCUGACCUGAAGCUGAAUGCUGCUGCGUGACACCUGCUGAACUGUGCUGACUGUUCCUAAAAAGCAGCUGGCUGGCACCAGCCCUCUGCUCUGCAAACAGCUUGAUCUGGCAUUUAAACCUAAACCGAGCAAGUGACCUGAGCCCCAGCAGUAGUCCUGGAGGGGAAGAACAUUGUUCAGCUGGAGCAGAGGCCUGGGCCUCCACAAGGAACGGGCAAGGACAAGCCCCCAGCCUAGUUACUGAGCUCAGUGCUCACCAACUUGGAGGGCUGGAUUUUCAUCUGUCUCCCUGGAAGCCUGAUGCCCAGGCUUGUGCAACUCCUUGCUCCUCCUUAACUACCCUGCUGUCUCUGAGGCAUGUGUACAGCCCUGUGUUACUGUUUCCUAGUGACACUUCUCUGGAUGGCAUUUAAGAGCUGCUGUCUGGGAGUCCUCACUGUAGUGUUUGCAUGCAUCUUGAUGUCAAACUUAAUCAUGCGCUUUACAGCCAGUAAAGAAAGACAAAGCCUGUCUCCUGGCUAGGCAGCACAACCGUGACUACUGGGAUGUCGGGAUGCCUUGCUCGGUGCUGGCAUCUGACUGGUGUGGGGUGCUAAACUCUGUUUCUGGGUUACCUGCUGUCUGCGUUACCUGCUGUCUGCUUGAAUAAAGUUUUAAAGCUUGAACACUCAA